AUGAUAGGAAGAGCCGACAUCGAAGGAUCAAAAAGCGACGUCGCUAUGAACACUUGGCCGCCACAAGCCAGUUAUCCCUGUGAGGCUGUUGGCGGCGUUGCUUCUCAGCUCGUGUGCGGCGGAGGUAUCGGCCGGGGGUUGUUGCACCGAAAGUGUUUGGCGCCAUGUCUCACUCACAUCAUUUUACUAGUCCAGUCCAACAAGAGGCCAGAAGGCAGAACUUAUGCUGACUAUGAAUCUGUGAAUGAAUGCAUGGAAGGUGUUUGUAAAAUGUACGAAGAACAUCUGAAGAGAAUGAACCCCAACAGCCCAUCUAUCACAUAUGAUAUCAGUCAGUUGUUUGAUUUUACUGAUGAUCUGGCAGACCUCAGCUGCCUCGUUUACCGAGUUUAUACCCAGACAUACCAGCCUUACAACAAAGACUGGAUUAAAGAGAAGAUCUAUGUGCUGCUUCGUCGGCAGGCCCAACAGGCCGGGAAAUAAUUGAGCAGGAAGCAUUAGGGGGCUGGGGGUAGGCUUGGAAUACAGGUGUGUACAGCAAACUCUAGUGGAUGUUUUGUAUUCUAAUAAUCCAGUUUCCAUUUGGUACAAUCUAGCCAGGGUUGAAUGUAUUGAAU